AUGGUCAAGUCUUACGAUCGUUAUGACCAAGAGAAGUGCUUUGGAGUUAUAACUUCACAGUCUAAUAUCUUGUGGCUUCCACCUUCGGACUCUCAAUCUGCCAAAUCUAAUGGUCGUGCCAUCUCAUCAGCUCUUGAAGAGAUCUUGGUUUGGGAUAUCAAGACAGGGGAAAUUCUUCAAAGGUUAAGAGAUGGAUUGACUCCUGGGGCUUCUAAUGCCCCUACUUCUCAUCCUCCAUCACCUGUAACAUACUUAGCCCACCAUAGUGAUACGAACAUCCUAGCAGCUGGCCAUCUUGAUGGAUCGAUCAAGUUAUGGGAUCUCACUUCGGGCCUGGUUAUCAUUAACUUCCUGGGACAUAAAUCAGCUAUAAGUCUUUUGAAAUUUGACAGAAGUGGUACCAGAUUGUGUUCUGGAUCCUCAGACUCUACCAUAAUUUUGUGGGAUCUUGUAGGAGAAGAAGGUUUGUUCAAAUUGAAGGGUCAUAAGAGCCAAAUCACCGGCGUAGCAUUUCUUUCCGAGAAUGAACUGGAGGAAGUCAGUGAUGAAAUGGAAGACUAUUUGUUAUCUGUUUCCAAGGAUGGGUUGAUCAAAUUGUGGGAGUUGAAGAGUCAGCAAUGUAUCGAGACCCACUUAGCUCAUAGUAACGAAUGUUGGUCUCUCGGCAUAAAUAAGUCCAAGAACUUGGCCAUCACUUCCGGCAAUAAGGAUCAAGUCAAAGUGUGGGCUAUUGACCUCACUCAACCAGACACACAGAAAAUUGUAGAAAAAGGUUUAUUUGAAAAGCAAAGCAAAGCCAGAUGUAAUGAAAUUCUGUUCAAGUACAUCAAGAGUUCAACUUCUAUUGUAGAGUUGUUCUCUCUCCAGAACGCUGAUAGAACUAUAGAAAUCUUCCGAGUCAGAUCGUCUGACGAAAUUAAGAAGGGUAUUGCAAGAAGAACAAAAAGACUUCGCGAAAAGGGCUACGAAGACAAUGAGAUCUUGCAAUCGAUACAGGAAGCAGAAGUUGCCAUGACCAUCUCUCCAUUCACCACAUUAAGAACCGUCUCUAAGAUCAAGUCUUGUACUUGGGUAGCCAAGUCGAGCAAGAAGCUUGAUAUCUUGAUUUCAUUAACCAAUAACAGCAUAGAAUAUCAUAACAUCCCAGUUCCAGAACUGUUCAAAAAAGCGUCCGCUUCUGACAUAUAUUCUGUCAAACAGCACUCGAUCGACUUACUAGGUCAUAGGACUGACAUCAGAGCCAUGGACAUCUCAUCCGAUUCCAAGUUGUUAGCCACUGCAUCUAACGGUGAAUUGAAGAUCUGGAAUAUCAAGACUACUAACGUCAUUAGAUCGUUUGCAUUGGAAGGGGGUUACGCAUUAUGUUGUAAGUUCUUACCUGGUGGCACAUUGGUUGUCGUAGGCUACAAGAAUGGUGAUUUGGAGUUGUACGAUCUUGCAUCAUCUUCUUUGGUAGAUAAAGUCGAGAAGGCUCAUGAUUCAGGCAACUCCAUGAUAGCAAAUGGUAACAAAGAAGACGAAAAUGGGUCUGCUAUUUGGUCUUUGGAUUUGACUCCAGAUGGAAAGACUUUAGUUACUGGUGGUAACGAUAAAUCUGUUAAAUUUUGGAACUUCAACGUUGAACAAGAGGUAAUCCCAGGCACAAAUACGACAAUUUCGAACUUGAAAUUAGUCCACACACAAACCUUAGAACUUAAUGAGGACGUUUUGUGUGUCAAAAUUUCUCCUGAUGCCAAGUACUUGGCAAUUUCGUUAUUGAACAACAAUGUCCAGGUUGUUUUCUUUGACAGCUUGAAGUUGUUCCUUACAUUAUACGGUCACAAAUUGCCAGUUUUGUCGAUCGAUAUCUCCUUCGAUUCUAAAUUGAUCAUCACUUCUUCAGCUGACAAGAACAUCAAGAUCUGGGGUUUGGACUUUGGGGAUUGUCAUCGUUCUAUUUUUGGUCACCAAGAUUCGAUCAUGAAUGUCAGAUUUAUUGGUGAAACUCACCAUUUCUUCUCUUCAGGCAAAGAUGGGUUAAUUAAGUAUUGGGAUGGUGAUAAGUUUGAGUGUAUCCAGAAGCUUGCUGCCCACCAAUCUGAAGUAUGGUGCUUGAGUGUCAGUAAUGAUGGCUUGUUCAUGGUCACUGCUUCUCAUGAUCAUUCGAUCAGAUUAUGGCUGGCUACCGAUGAUCAGGUCUUCCUUGAGGAAGAAAGAGAAAAGGAAAUGGACGAAUUGUACGAGAACACGUUAUUGGACUCAUUAGAAGACGACGAAGCUCCAGUGCGUGAAAACGAGGAAGAUGACGAAGAAAUGGAUGAAGUUACUAAGGUAAGUAGACAAACCAUGGAAACCUUGAAGGCAGGUGAAAAAUUGAUGGAGGCUAUGGAUAUUGGUAUUGAAGAUGUCGAAGCCGACGAAGAGUACCAGCUCCUAUUGAAGAACUACAUAAAGACUAGUGGUGCUGUUCUUCCAGUGAAGCCAACUUCAAACUCAAUCUUGUUAGCAUACAAUAUGUCAGGACAAGAAUACGUACUUAGCGUUAUUUCCAAGAUCAGGUCUGCGCAAUUGGACGAUGCUCUUUUGGUCCUUCCAUUUUCAUACUCGCUUCGUUUGUUGAAGUUCAUUGAAAUCUGGACCAGCAAGGAACAUGUUAAGACCAACGUUGUGAACAUGUCCUUGAUUUGCAAGAUCUUGUUCUUUGUUAUCCAAUCCAAUGCUAAGGAAUUAAUCAGUCAGAAAGAUCCUCAAAUCAAAAACCAGAUGUUGAAGGUAAAAGAACAGUUGAGAGACGAGUUGCUGCAGACCUGUAAGCAAUUGGGUGUCAAUACGCAAGGGUUAAGGUUCGCGAAACAACAAUGGAAGUUAACCCACGAGACUGAGUUUAUAGACGAAGCUGAGCAAAGAGAGUACGAAGACAAGAAGGCAGCCAAGAGAACUUUUGCAACGAUAUAG